UACGCUUCCUGUCUGUGUAUAAAAGGCGGAUCAAGCGCCCUACAGAGGGAACAAAGGACGACUGAGUGAGUUGACCAAUAUGGAAAUAGCCCGUUCCUCUUAACCCAGUCUGCAGCCACUAUGUCGAAACGCCCAUCCUACGCUCCUCCCCCUCCCCCCGCCCCAACAACACAAAUGCCUUCCACCCCUGGGUUUGUGGGCUACAACCCUUACAGCCAUCUGGCCUACAACAACCUCCGGCUGGGAGGGAGCUCCGGAGGCUCCAGCAGGAACUCCACGGGCAUCACCGUCCCAAAGCCUCCCAAACCUCCAGACAAGCCACUGAUGCCUUACAUGCGGUACAGCCGGAAGGUAAGCAGGAAGGUAUGGGACCAAGUGAAAGCAUCCAACCCAGACCUGAAGCUGUGGGAGAUUGGGAAGAUUAUCGGAGGGAUGUGGAGGGACCUGACUGAUGAGGAGAAACAGGACUACCUGAACGAGUACGAAGCCGAGAAGAUUGAGUACAAUGACUCUUUGAAGGCCUACCACAACUCCCCAGCCUACCUGGCCUACAUCAAUGCCAAGAACCGGGCUGAGGCCGCCAUGGAGGAGGAGAGCAGGCAGAGGCAGAGUCGUAUGGACAAAGGCGAGCCAUACAUGAGCAUUCAGCCUGCUGAAGACCCUGAUGACUAUGACGAUGGCUUUUCAGUGAAGCACACAGCAGCUGCUCGCUUCCAGAGGAACCACCGGCUCAUCAGCGACAUCCUCAGUGAGAUUGUGGUGCCUGACGUCCGCUCGGUGGUCACCACCGCCCGCAUGCAGGUCCUCAAGAGGCAGGUCCAGUCUCUUAUGGUGCACCAGAGGAAGCUGGAGGCAGAACUUCUGCAGAUCGAGGAUCGCCACCAAGACAAGAAGAGACGCUUCCUGGAGACCACUGACUCAUUCAACACUGAGCUCAAGCGGCUGUGCAGUCAGAAGGUUGAGGUGGACAUGGAGAAGCUCGCAGCAGAGAUGGCCGCAGCAGAGGAGGCGGCCCGGCGCCGGGCGGAGGAGAGGGAGCGCGAGGCGGCCGAGCAGGCAGAGAAAGCAGCUCAGCAGGCUCAACAACAGCAGCAGGAAGCUGCUGGAAACAAAGCUGCAGAGCAGAGCAGUGCUAAUGCUAAGAGCACAGCUAACCCCACUUCAGGGACCAAGGAGGAGGAGAUGCCCCCACCAGUGGCAACAGAUAAAGCUGCGCCUGCAGAGCCCUCCUCAGACCCCCAUCCUACUCCACCUCCUCCAACCGAUCCCCCCUCUUCUGCCUCUGACAAAGCAACUCCUCCCCCUGAGCCUCCCAGGGAGAGCAGCACACCAAGCAGCAUCACCCCAAGUGACGACGGCAACAGCAGCAGCAGCAGUGGCAGCAACAGCAACAACAGCAUGCCCCCCCCACCCUCAGAUAGCACUCCUGGUGUAGCAGCCCCAGACCCCCCUGCGGCCCAGGAAGCUAAUUCCAGUGCAGCUAACCCUAAUGUGUCUGCAGCACCUCCGCCUCCCCCUGCCUCAGAAGAACCAGCCCCACCACCACCACCAUUACUGCCCCCUAGCCAAAGCAGCCAACAGUUUGAUAUGUAAUAGUGUGUUAGAUACACAGUGGUAGCUGUAGAAGUCCUCCCUGUGCUGCAGCUCCCCAUCAGCGGGGUUUGUUAUGGUGGCUAUUAUCUUUACAGAUGCUGAGAAUGACAAGUGCUAAAUGGUUGAGGGUCUGUUAGUAAGGUCAACAAAUAGUAAACACAUAUUUCACUCAAGAGCUAUGUACGGUUUUCAUCGUCUGUCUUCUGCCUGCCUCUGGACCAAACAAGGAGAAAUUAGGAUUUCACUUAAAUCUGCGUAUGUUUCCUUUAAAUUGAUUCAGCAGUGAUUUGAGUGAGUUAAGUGAAAUGUCACCAAAGAGUAAAAGAUCUGACCCUGAGUGAUCGGAGUUUGUGCCCCAGGCACCGUACAAGCCAUUCUCCUCGUCUGUUCAUGCCACUGGAUGGACUGUUAGAGUCUGAAGUAACCACACACAGAUCCCCCAGGGCUGUUAGAUGGUCAGCAAUAACUCUCACUGAAAUCCUUAACGUCACUCUCACUACUCUGCUCCUGCUUAUUGUCCAAAAGCCACCUGUUACCUCAGAUACAUUCUCAGCCGGCAGAGGUCAGAACUGAUUCUGCACAGGGCUGCAGCUAACCGUAGUUUUCAUUAUCAAAGAAUGUGGCAGUUAGUUUCUCAAUCUGUAAAACAUUUUGAUUUCAAACUUCCCAGAGUCCAAGGUGACAUCUUAGUUAUCAGUACACAGUCAAAUGUGCCAAAAGUUGGGUGAGCGUUUCUAUGGAAACCCAGCAUUCUCCAACCCUGACCUUUAAACUGACCUACUGUACGUGUAACUCCUCCCCUCACACAUGUGAAGAGUAACUGCUCUUCAUUUGAUUUGAGAGGCUGGAGGAGAGCACAUUUUAGCUUGUUAAAGUGGUUGAAAUGAUUAAUCGAUUAUCAGAAUAGCUGGAUAAUAAUCGAGUAAUCAUUUCAGCUGUAAUUUUACAUCUCCGUGCUACUGUGAGAGGGGGACUCGUGUCACGUAGUAAUGUGUACAUUGUUCUAUAGUGCUAACUCGUCUAUAAUACAAAUUAAAGACACCAGGAUGAAGUGGUUACGUACAUGACUCCCACUGUGUAGACUUAAUACUGUUGGAUGUGACUGAAAUGUUUUGAGUACACAUACCUGUAUAUUCCUCAGUCCUGAUGUAUAAACCUUUAAAUCUCAGCCCUUGUAUUUUUCAGAAAUAAGACCACAGCUGCAAACUCCAGGGGUUUUAUUAUAUACUUCAUGUUUAGCUUGGGACUUCUCUGAACACCGGGUGGAUUUUCUGAUGAUGAAGGGCAACGUUGCAUGAAAAGAUUCACCCUACUUUAAAAACCUCAGAAUUUUCUACUUUACCAUUUUUGUUUGAUUUGCAAAUCAGCUACUGUUGGUUCUCCUUUGUGUUUUUAGAGAUCUAGUGGAACCUUUUAGACAAAUGUAAUCUAAUUCAGCUUUCGUAUUAAACCUACCUACUCUUCAACUCAGAAUCCAUUUCUAACACGUCUCAGUUUGGAAGUGACAGUUUCCAGGUCACAUUUGAAUUAGUUGUGCACCCACAUUCUGCAUGCUAUAGUAAAUACUAACCAUCAUCCUGUAAACAUCAGAGCAGUUACUUUAGUCUGAGUCAGAGAGUUCAGGCUGAAGGAAACUGGUAAUUAACAUUUAAAUAUAGAACAAAUCCCACAAUGUGUGUAAGAAAACAAAGAUUAUAUUAUGGACUUCUCUUCAAGGUGCUUUUUAAAAUCUGUGGAUGGAAAAAAUGACUUACAUCGUUCUCCUGUAUUCAUCACAUUUAUGUAGAUUGAUUGAACUGCUCCUUUAGACUUCAUAUUCCUGUUACCACCACAACCUUUCAGCAGAGAAAUGCACAGGCUACCCUCAUCAAAUGUAACCUCAGUCACUUAUGCAUUUAAAGGACUAUUUUCUUACUUGAAUUGGACUGUUUUUAGUAAUAUUCCUCUGUUUUUUUGCAUCUUUUUUUUUGUACUGUCUGAACUUAUCUAUCCAAAUAAAGGUGAUUUCUCAGUCA